AUGGUUGUUUGGAGCAGUGACAACAACAGGGAAUGUGUGGGGUUCCAGGAUAGCAAAGGGAGGGUUGUUCCAGUCAUUUUAUCUUAUGCCAUCACCAAGACUGAUCCUACCGGAGCUUCUCUGUUGGCAAGGGCAUCUGUAAUCUCAGGCUACGCAGAGUGUAGAAUGACUAUGUGCUUGCCAGCUUUGGUGAAGGAGUGGAUGAUAAAAAAGGGUGGUCCAAAUCCAUCUUCGAACACUUCCAACACUGUUCUUGCUGCUGUUUUAGAGAAAGCCAGAGAACUUGAAGUACCCAAAGAAAUAGUUGAGAGGAACAUAAAAAGGGCUUCUGAAAAGGGUCAGGAAGCAUUUAUUGAGAAAUUUUAUGAGGUAUAUGGCUUUGGUGGUGUUGGCAUGGUGGUUGAGGUUUUAACGGACAAAAUAACACGUUCGGUGGCUGAUGUUCGAGGUGUGGUAAAGGACAGUGGAGCGAAGCUCGCUGACCCAGGAUCUAUUCUAUUCAAGUUUAGGCGAGUUCGAGUCGUUAACGUAAAGGUUAACGAUAACGAAAAAGACCAGGUUCUUGCUAUUGCUUUAGAUGCAGGAGCUGAAGAUGUCAUCGAACCAAAUUUUGAUGAGGAAGAUGAUUCAGAAUAUAAUUCAGACAGCUAUUACAAGAUUGUCGUCUCUGCAGAAAACUAUUCUGAUAUACUAUCAAAGCUAAGAGAUGCAGCAAUAGCUUAUGAACCAGAUAACGGCUAUGAGCUCUUGCCACUAAAUCCCAUUGAGGUUUCUUCUGUAAAUUGUCCAAUCAUCCUUAGAUUUCUAGAAAGCUGA